CACAAACCCGUAACUUAAUAAGAAAGAUCAAUCUUCUAAGUUAAUGCGAUUGAUACAUUGAGCAUAUAUAACAAAAAGGGAAUGAAGGCCAUGCAGAUGCAAUCGAUCACCAUACUGUUGCUGACUGCGUUAGCAGUAGCAGCUGACCAAGCCCUGCCCGGCUGCCCGAACUCUUGCGGAAGCGUUUCACAAAUUCCGUAUCCAUUUGGCAUAGGCAAAUCUUCCGUCACCGGUGAAAACUGUUUCUUGGAGGACCAAUUGGAGCUCACUUGCAGAGAUUCCACUUUAUAUCGCGGAAACGGCAACGUCCAAAUUCUGAACAUAACCCUCGACGGUAAAAUGGACAUGCUCGCCUUCGUCUCGAAGGUUUGCAGAAAAGAAUCUCUUGGUGGAGUAGAAACAGAAGGUAACGAACCCAGUCUCACAACUCCGGCUUUCGCCAUUUCCAGCGAGGACAACAAGUUCGUAAGCGUGGGGUGCGACACUAAUGGCUAUCUCAACAGUUAUCGCAAUGGUGCGAAAUCUUCAGUGGGGUGUUUGACAAGAUGUAACAGCGAAGCCAGUGUGCAAAUCAUGCAGAGAGAUGGAAACUGUACGGGGAUAGGGUGUUGUCAGGUGGAUAUACCUCCCGGAAUGAUGAAUAUUACCAUACAAGCAUUUAGCUUUAACAAUUUCAAUUCCUCUUCUGACUUCAACAACUGCAGCUAUUCCUUUGUCAUAAAAAAUGACAACUAUACUUUCUCAAUGGAUCAUUUAAAGGGUCUUCCGUUCCAAAAGGCACCCUUUGUUGUAGAUUGGACUGUUGGAAAUCAGACAUGUUUCAAUUCCACGAGUAAAACCGACUAUGCAUGUAAGAGUAAUAGCUAUUGUGAGGACUCGGCUAUUAGAAAAAGUUACCGAUGCAAAUGUAAAGAAGGUUAUGAGGGAAACCCGUACCAUCCGGAUGGUUGCCAAGACAUUUUAGAAUGUACGAAUGGUCGGAACAAUUGCGCAAGAGAUGAAUAUUGUCGUGAAACCCUUGGAUCUUUCCAAUGUUUCUGUCCUGAAGGACUUAUCGGAAAUGGAACAAAAGAAGAUGGAGAAUGUCGACAAAAGCAGCGAAAUGACGUAUUUACCAAAGUCGCCAUUGGUGGAGGUGUAGGAUUAAUUGCUCUAUUUAUGGGGAUUUCUUGGGUAUACUUGAUAAAGCAGAAAAGGAAAGUCCUCAAAUUAAAGGAGAAGUUCUUUCAGCAAAAUGGGGGCAUCAUUCUAAGACAGCAACUCUCUACAAGGAAAGACUCGUCUCAAUCAACUACAAUUUUCACUGCAGAGCAACUUGAAAAAGCAACCAACUAUUUUGAUGAGAAAUUAGUCAUUGGUAAAGGAGGUUAUGGUACAGUUUUUAAAGGAUUUCUGUCGGAUAACAGGGUCGUUGCUAUCAAAAAGUCCAAAAUAGUGGAUCAGAGCCAAAUAGAGCAAUUUAUUAAUGAGGUCAUUGUAUUAUCACAAAUUAAUCACAGGAAUGUGGUCAAACUGUUGGGUUGUUGUCUAGAGACAGAAGUUCCUUUACUAGUUUAUGAAUUUGUUAACAAUGGUACCCUUUUUGAUUAUUUACACAAUGAACACAAGGUGGCUAAUGUAUCCUGGAAAACCCGCCUAAGGGUAGCAACAGAGGUAGCUGGAGCUCUAUCAUAUCUACACUCAGCAGCCUCCAUACCCAUCAUUCACAGAGAUGUGAAGACUGCCAACAUACUCUUAGAUGAUACUUACACUGCCAAAGUGUCUGAUUUUGGUGCUUCAAGAUUGGUUCCACUUGACCAAACUGAAUUAGCCACAAUCGUGCAAGGAACCUUUGGGUAUUUAGACCCAGAGUACAUGCAAACAAGCCAAUUGACUGAAAAAAGUGACGUUUAUAGCUUUGGCGUAGUGCUUGUAGAACUGUUAACAGGAGAAAAACCUUUCUCUUUUGACAGGUCUGAAGAGAAACGAAGUCUUACAGUUCAUUUUCUUUCUUGCUUGAAAGGUGAUCGCUUAUUUGAAGUUCUUCAAAUCGGAAUUUUGGAUGAAAAAAAUAAACAAGAGAUCAUGGAUGUUGCUAUUCUUGCUGCAAAGUGCUUGAGACUUAGAGGAGAAGAAAGGCCUAGCAUGAAAGAAGUAGCAAUGGCGUUGGAAGGAGUAAGAAGAAUGGAGAAACACCCAUGGACCAAUAAAAGCCAAAAUUUCCAGGAGACUCAAUACUUGCUUCAUGAGGCAUAUAGCACUCGUGAACAUGGUGAUAGUAGUGACCUUCAAAGUACUGGAUAUGACAGCCUGAGAAAUCUUGAAUUAAUAGACUUUGGUGAUGGAAGAUGAUUAACGCAUUUCCACUUCAGUUUAUUUCAAUGUAAAGCAUAUUCCUUCUUUCAUUUCUUGUAGUUGGUGUUGAUAUAAUUCGAACAAGGAAUUCUGUUUAUGAUAUUUCCAAUAACAUUUCUACAUGUUGCUUCCAA